GGGGGGGAUGCAGCAUGCAUAUGCAUCUUGGAUAGUGUGCAAUCGGGCGGUCGGCUGAAAACCGAAAAGGACAUUCCGGUUUGCUUACGGGGGGAAUUUCUAAUUGCAUCGCGUCGGUAGGUCCGAAGGCUGCGGCGGUUUUAUGGCGCUGUCUGUUAUACACCGUUUGUAAAAAAAACGCAUUGUGUGCUGUUGACAGCUGCAUGCUCGAACGCUCGAUUCAACCGCAGUCGCAUGCCGUCGGCUAAGCCGAGCCGACGGGAACUCCGGCCGACCUCCACGUCACAAUACAAGUCAAGUUUGCCACAACGCGGCCUCGCGAAGAUCGUUUGUGCCACCGUUGGGCCAGCCCACUGUGCAUACACCGCGGAAAAGCCGAUCGGUACGCGAGACAGGUGGGCGCGACUGUGCCAAACGUGAAUACGCGGGAAUGGCAGGCGCAGACAGAGAGGCUCGGGACACGCGAGCGCGGCAAAGAAGGUUGCUGUUUACGGCGGGCGAUGGUGGACAGAGGGGUUUGAAACGCAACCGCAGUAAGGCGGUGUUUUUACAUUUUCGAGGAACUUCCGUCGGCAGAACCACAAAAUUUUAGCUGUGCGUCUGGCAACUUA